AUGAUGAAUUCUCGAUGCAGCAGCAAACCGAUGGGUUGCUGCUGCUGCCGGGUAAAGACAGAGACGCUUCAGAGCAUCGUCCACAGCAGCAGCAGCAGCAGCAGCAGGAGCAGCAGCAACAGGAGCAGCAGCUGCUGCUGCAGGAGCAGCAGCAGCAGCAGCAGCAGGAGCAGCAGCAGCAGCAGGAGCAGCAGCAGCAGCAGCAACAGCAGCAGAAGCAGCAAUGAUGAGUUUUCGAUGCAGCAGCAAACCGAUGGGUUGCUGCUGCUGCCGGGUAAAGACAGAGACGCUUCAGAGCAUCCGCAGCAGCAGCAGCAGCAGCAGCAGCAGCAGCAGCAACAGGAGCAGCAGCUGCUGCUGCAGGAGCAGCAGCAGCAGCAGCAGCAACUCGUGCUGGUGCUGCAGCAGCAGCAGCAGCUUGUGCAGCGCUUCCAGCAGCGGCGGCUUAAAAGGAUGGGUGUCUUAGAUUCGCAGCAGCAGCAGCAGCAGCAGCAGCAGCAACAGCAGCAGCAGCAGCAGCAGCAAGAAGAUGCCUUGGAUAUACUCAGCCUGCAGAAGAGAAUAAUGCAGCGACUGAGGCCGAGCGAAGAUCUCAGCAGCAGCAACGCAGCAGCAGCAGCAGCAGCAGGAGCAGCAGCAGCAGCAGCAGCAGCAGGCCAUGCUGUUGCGCCGUUCCGCGCGGGGGUCUGUCUGCUGAGCACCAACCAAGACCAAACUGUUCAGCAGCAGCAGCAGCAGCAGCAGCAACAGCAGCAGCAGCAGCAGCAGCAGCAGCAAGAAGAGGCCUUGGAUAUACUCAGCCUGCAGAAGAGAAUAAUGCAGGUGAGUGAGGCUUGGGUGGUAGAGCGGCUGCUGGUUGCUCUGGGGGGGGGCGACGGCAGCCCCCUGCUGCAGCGCGUGCUGCCCAGCAGCAGCAGCAGCAGCAGCAGCAGCAGCAGCAGCAGCAGCAGCAGCAGGUGGGAUCCGUUUCCUGUGGUGUUGGAGGUUAAUAAGUGUCUUCGGCUGCUGCAUGUAUCUGCUGCUGCGCUGCAGCAAGCUGCUGCUGUCUUUGUUAGGGGCGCAUCAGCCGUGCUGCUGCUGCAGCUGCUGCUGCAGCGGGCGUUUGCUGCUGGGCUCUCCAUAGAGCAGCUGCAGCAGCAGCAGCAACAGCAGCAGCAGCAGCAGCAGCAGCAGCGUUCCCUGCAGUCACGCGUGCCUUGGGGCGCAUCAUAUACGGGUAUGGCGACGCAUGCAGCAGCAACUGCAGCAGCAGCAGCAGCAGCUGCAGCAGAGCAGCAGCAGCAGGAUUUGCUGCCUCGUUCUCUUGCAGAGUUGCUGCUGCCGCAGCAACUGCAGCAGCAGCUGCAACAGCAACAGCAGCAGCACCAGCAGCAGCAGUGGCCGUCGGCGGGUCGUGGGAGCACAUGGACGCAGCAGCAGCAGCAGCAGCAGCAGCAGCAACGCGUGCCUUGGGGCGCAUCAUAUACGGGUAUGGCGACGCAUGCAGCAGCAACUGCAGCAGCAGCAGCUGCUGCUGCAGCAGAGCAGCAGCAGCAGGAUUUGCUGCCUCGUUCUCUUGUAGAGUUGCUGCUGCCGCAGCAACUGCAGCAGCAGCUGCAGCAGCAACAGCAGCAGCACCAGCAGCAGCAGUGGCAGUCGGCGGGUCGUGGGAGCACAUGGGCGCAGCAGCAGCAGCAGCAGCAACAGCAGCAGCAGCAGCAGCAGCAGCAGCAGCAUGGGGCCGGGCCUUGGAGCUGCUGUCUUGAGGCCUUUCUAUAUGCUGUGCGGUUGAUGCUGCAGCAGUGGGAGGCGCAGCUGCUGCUGCUGCGGCUGCAGCAGCUGCAGCAGCUGCAGCAGGAAUGGCAGAUACCUUAUGCAUGCGACUUGCGCCCGUCUGCUGCUGCUGCUGCUGCAGCAGCAGCAGGACCUCUCCCCCCUAUACCUAUAACAGCAGCAGCAGCAGCAGCAGCAGCAGAACGUACGUCAGCAGCUGCUGCAACAAAACCUACUGCUGCUGCUGCUGCUGCUGCUGCUGCUGCUGUACGACCGCUAACGCUGCUGCUGCUGCAGCAGCAGCUGCAGGACAGUCUCCGCUGCUGGGAGGAGACAGCAGGGGUCCUGGAGAUGGCCUUGCAUGCAGCAGCAAACAGCAGCAGCAGCAGCAGCAGCAGCAGCAGGGGAGUUCCAACUGCUGCAGCAGUAUCAGGGGCCUUGCUGCGGGUGCUGCUGCAGCGGCUGCAGCAAGCAGAGCUACGAGGCGAUCUGCUGCAGCAGCGGCUGCUGCGGUUCCUGCUGCUGUUUGCUGCUGCUCCGCUGCUGCAGCAGAUGGAUAGGCUGCUGUGCUGCUGCAGCACUGUGGAGCUGCAGCAGCAGUUCUGCUGCGACCCGCCUCCUGCUUUUGCUGCAGCAGCAGCAGCAGCAGCAGCAGGACCGGGAUCCACCCUCAACUUUCAAAGCAGCAGCAGCAGCAGCAGCAGCUGUUGGUGGAGCGUGCUGCAGCAGUGUCUCAGUGAUGCUGCUG